GAAAAAGAGCUAGAUGAUUUUUUAGAAAAUUUUUUAAAUCACGAUCCAAAGUUGUCAUCUUUUUAGCGCUGCACUGUGUCCUGAACUGCGAACAGUGUAAGCAUCACAAAAUGUUGACUCCGCGCUUCGAAAUUACGCAAACUGACACAGAAAUCACGAUAACAAUCCACGCUCCAUAUGCCAAUAUAAAAGACACUGAAGUAUACGUCGAUGGAACAGAUUUCAGAUUUUAUUCCACUCCCUAUUACUUGAGAUUACAGGUACCAGGUGAAAUAGAGGAAAAUAAUUCGUCUUCUGGUUCUUAUGAUUGUGAAAAGGGUGAUUUUACUUUACAUUUCUCGAAAGUGAAUAAGGGAGAAUAUUUUGAAAACUUGGAUAUGAUAACUACUCUUUUAGCACCACCAAAAAAGAAAAGUACUGUCAUUCCUAAUAUUGAAGUAAUUGGUAAUCCAUCUACAAAUUCAGCGAACAUUGAUGACAGUUUAAAUGACAAUAAUACCACAAAUAAUGAUGAUUCUGAAGAUAAUUGGUUCAUACCUCAAAAUAAUCCAUUAGAAAAUGUAACAGUUCUUAUAAGUUCUCCAAAGUAUGGUUUUGCGAACAAGAUAUCAGGAGCUUUAACAGCUUUCGAGGCAGCAUGGAUUAAGGAAAUAAUAGAUCUUCCUACACCUGAUACAACUCUUGAAGCAGAAAGAAAAAAUUUACAAGAAAAAUGCGAAUUAGAAGAUUUCAAUGAAGAACAUUAUAUGGCAGAUCUUAUGGAGCCAGAAUGUACCGAAUCAUAUAUAGCAUAUACAGCAGAAUGGGAUAUGUUACAGAAAGACAAAGUUAUAUUUAGUGACACUGAGAUUGAUCUAUUAAAAGAUCUUCCAAAUAAAGAAUAUUUAUUAGAUGCUGAAGAUAUAAAAAAGUUAUGUUUAAAUCUUAUUGAUAUUUUAUAUGCCAGUUGUUACAACCAUCGAACUACAUUAGGAGAAAAUACUGUAGAAAGUAGCUGGACCAUUAAUAAACUAAGCUCUACUUUAUGUUGGUUUCGAAAUUUUACUUCUGUGGACGAAGUUAUUAUUGCAUGCUUCCGAAGAUCACUUUGUUACCCACUUUACAGAAAUUGGGAACUUUCUAUGAAAGUUUUUGAAGAUGUUAAAAAAGUUCUCACAUUAGGAAAGAAAUAUAUUAUCAAAGUCUUUUGUGAAAUACAUAAUCUUUUUAACAACUCGUAUGAACCAAGAUACAUAUUAAAUCAAUUGUAUAUAAAGGAUUUUUUAAUUUGGUUGCAAGCAUCUCCUGAAUCAUUAAUAGAACCACUUCAUUCUAUGUUAAAUAAUAUUCAUCCAAACAAAGCAAGCAUGGGAUUGGAUUUAGUAGAACUGGAAGUGGCAGCUUAUUCUGUUCAAGAAGAGGGACUUGUUAUAGAAAAUGCUGUUCAUGAGAUGGUUGGACAAAUUGAUGAAUUGUGUUUAAAUGAUUCUGAGAAAGAAAAGCCAAAGAAUAUAUAUCAUGUUAACAAACAAUUUUUUAAGCAUUUGUUAUUGAGCAAUACAAGUUCAACGAAUAGCAGUGAUACAGAUUCUGAAACAGAUUCUGAAAGCAGUACUACAUCAAGUAGCAGUACCACCAGCAGUAGCAGCAGUCUUGACUCUGAUGACUUAAAUGAACCUGAAUAAAAUUGAUCAGUUUAUUGGAAUAAUUUACAUUUUUCAUUUGUAAUAUAAGAGGCAAAGGAUUGAAGCUGGGACUUUAAAUAAUUGCAGUAUCAUCAAUGUAAUAAAAAUCGACACUGAAUUUAUUCGCGUAGAUUGGCGAUGCUAAUGAAAUUAUAUUCAACGAGACAAAGUCGCUGACUGUAUACACAAACACGCGCUCGCCAACUGAAGAAAUUCGAUCGAACAGAGGCUCCCUUGUUCUCCCUUGUCUUCAUUCGCAUCGUGCUCUUUUAACGUAAUUUUCGCCGCGUUCAGUAGAGUUUCAUCUCUCUUAUGCGCGGUCAGCAAGCUUACGUUUACCUUUCGCAAUCAAGUGCAAACAGUAAUAAUUAACGACGAACUCUCGACUCUAUGUUCUCACUAUACCUAGAUUAUUUUUCUACUCGUGAUAUGUAAUGACAAGUAUCACGCUCGAUCAUGAAAGAUCAUUUCCCCAUAAAUACGUGCGUAUGUAUUUUUCUUUCGCAUAAAUGAAGAAUAACAAAAAUAUGCGAUUUUUUAACUUGUGUGUUUAUAAAUUGCAAUAAUAAAAAAGUGUCGUUUGACAUA